AUCCUCUUCUCUCUCAACCCAGCUCCGUCCACCUCUCCCAACUGAGCUGCUGGAUUUGGACUCUCUCGGCCCUACGGAUCUCCAGGUUUCCUUACUCCCUCCCCACUGCAUGUGGCUCUUGGAAAAAGCUGGCUACGGGGUGGGGACCGCGGAGCCCGGAGCCCGGUGGGCCCCCUCCAGGCUCUUCCCUAGGCGCCGCGCCCCGGCCCCGCCGACGCGCGCCUGCCCCAACGUCCUCACCCCGGAUCGCAUCCCGCAGUUCUUCAUCCCGCCUCGGCUCCCCGAUCCCGGCGGCGCCGCGUCCCCGGCCGGGCGCGACGCGGGAGGGCGCAGCCUCCUGGCCGCCUGCUCUCUGCCGCACCUGGCGGGCCGCGAAGGCUGGGCCUUCCUGCCCGAGAGCCCGCACACGCGCCGGCGCGAGUCCCUGUUCCACUCGCCGCCGCUGGGCCUGGCCGCGGGGCUCCCGCCUGCGCACUCGCGGCUGCACGUCUCCGCCCCGGACCUGCGCCUCUGCCGGGCCCCCGACAGCGACACCGCCUCGUCGCCCGACCCGUCGCCCUUAGGUUCCCCGGGGCCGCCCAGGCCGCGCUUCCUGGCCCCAGAGGCGGCCGGCUCCAGGGACCCGAGCCCCCGCGCGCCGCGCCGCGCCGCGCCGCCCCUCUUCCACCUGGACUUCCUCUGCUGCCAGCUGCGGCCCACCAAGGAGAGCGUGCUGCGCCUCGGGCCCCGCGGCGGGCAGCUCCGGCUCUCCGCCGCCUACCACGCGGGACCCGGGCGGCUGCGGCUGCGCCUGGUGAGCGCCGAGGAUCUGCCCCGGCCUCGGCCCGGGCCCGGGAGCGGCGGCGGCGGCUGCUGCGUGGUGCUGCGGCUGCAGCCCCGCGUCCGACCGCAGGCCCAGCGCAGCCGCGUGGUCAAGGGCAGCGCCAACCCCAUCUUCAAUGAGGACUUCUUCUUCGACGGGCUCCGCCCGCCAGACCUGGCGGCCCGCAGUCUGAGGGCAAAGGUGCUGGACAGGGGCGCAGGGCUGCGCCGGGAUGUGGUGCUGGGGGAGUGCGAGACGCCGCUUAUUGCCCUGCUGCCCCCCUUGGGAGGGGGUCUAGGCCCAGGGUCCUCCCUGGCACCUGCCCAUCUCAGCCUGUAAACGG